GCGGUUGCAGGCGCUAAGGCGGCGACUGGGGGAGUCGCUGCUGAGGCGGCUGCGGGCCCGGGUCGCGUCGGCGCAGCUCCGCGCGGCCGAGCCGGGCUGGCAGCAGCUGGCGCCUGGCGGUGAGGGCGGGCUCCCGGCGUGGGUGGAAUGGCCCUCACCUAGGGCGGUGGGAGAAGCGGCUGAGCCGAGGAUGCUGGGGAGGCGGCGCGGCGGCUCCUCACUCAUCCCAGAUAUUGAUCAUCUUUCUGAAGUAGAAUCUCCAUGGCCUGAAUGUUUUCUGAAAAACAUUUGUAGCAAAAUAUCUGUUUAAUAGCAAGAUAACCACAUCAAGAUGGUUGGAAAACUGAAGCAGAACUUACUAUUGGCAUGUCUGGUGAUUAGUUCUGUGACUGUAUUUUACUUGGGCCAACACGCCAUGGAAUGCCAUCACCGAAUAGAAGAACGUAGCCAGCCCCUCAAAUUGGAGAACACAAAGACCACUGUGCGAACUGGCCUGGACAUCAAAGCCAAUAAAACCUUUGCCUAUCACAAAGAUAUGCCUUUAAUAUUUAUUGGAGGUGUGCCUCGGAGUGGAACCACACUCAUGAGGGCCAUGCUAGAUGCACACCCUGAUAUUCGCUGUGGAGAGGAAACCAGGGUCAUUCCUCGAAUCCUGGCUCUGAAGCAGAUAUGGUCACGGUCGAGUAAAGAGAAAAUACGCUUGGAUGAGGCUGGUGUCACCGAUGAAGUGCUGGAUUCUGCCAUGCAGGCCUUCUUACUAGAAAUCAUUGUUAAGCAUGGGGAGCCAGCCCCUUAUUUAUGUAAUAAAGAUCCUUUUGCCCUGAAAUCCUUAACUUACCUUGCUAGGUUAUUCCCCAAUGCCAAAUUUCUCCUGAUGGUCCGAGAUGGCCGGGCAUCAGUACAUUCAAUGAUUUCUCGAAAAGUUACAAUUGCUGGAUUUGACCUGAACAGCUAUAGGGACUGUUUGACCAAGUGGAAUCGUGCCAUAGAGACCAUGUAUAACCAGUGUAUGGAGGUUGGCUAUAAAAAAUGCAUGUUAGUUCACUAUGAGCAACUUGUCUUACAUCCUGAACGGUGGAUGAGAACACUCUUAAAGUUCCUCCAAAUUCCUUGGAACCACUCAGUAUUACACCAUGAAGAGAUGAUUGGGAAAGCUGGGGGAGUAUCUCUGUCAAAAGUGGAGAGAUCUACAGACCAAGUCAUCAAGCCAGUCAAUGUGGGAGCUCUAUCAAAAUGGGUUGGGAAGAUACCUCCAGAUGUUUUACAAGACAUGGCAGUGAUUGCACCCAUGCUUGCCAAACUUGGAUAUGACCCGUAUGCCAAUCCACCUAACUAUGGAAAACCUGAUCCCAAAAUCCUUGAAAACACUAGAAGGGUCUAUAAAGGAGAAUUUCAGCUACCUGAAUUUCUUAAAGGAAAACCUGAGACUGAGCAAGUGGAAUAGCAGAGCCAGGAACCUCUUGCAUACUUGAGGGAAGACUGCUGCCUUUUCAGCAGCAGAGAAGUUUCUAGGACUGGCUGUCCCCUGCUGAGAUCAGUGGAGUAUAUGUACCAUGGCCCGAAUCUCCUUCUCAUUUGCCAGUCUCCUCCCACUGAGAGGGUGGGAUGUCAGCACACAUUCGGACCCUCCUGAGUGACCUGCUUCUUCCCGAGUACAGUGCUCUUGAUCCUGAUUACGGGCACAGCCCUGUGGAGAAGGAGCCCAGAGAGGAUGUGUGCUUUCUCUUAAAACUGCUCUGGUCCUCAUCUUUUCUUACCAGAUUCCAAACUUUGUUUUCAAGGGGAGGGUUUAAAGAUGGGAUUCUGUAAGCAAAAUUGGGCAGUUUCAUCUUGGAAUAGGUUGUCUGUACAUGUUCUAAUGUUUUGUAGAACACUUGUACCUGUUUAAAUGUAUUGAUGUGGAUAAUAUUAAAUAUCUUAAUUAUUUAAAUAA